CCACAGAGUUCAAAACCAAACAACUUCUGUGUUUUUUCAAGGAAACCAGGCAAAAGCUACCUAGCUUCCUUACUUUGACCGCCCAACCCUUCCUCUUCCAGUUUUUCCAGUCUUUUGGUGGAAAACCUUUAUAACCCACCUGUUCACACACCUCAAACUCCAAGCCAAACGAGGCUGGCUGUUUUCCCAUCUCUCAAGCUUUGAAUUACUCAAACCUAUCGUGCCACUUGAACCAAAGAAAACUCAAAACGUUGAAACCGAAUCACCAGUCUCUCCUCUAAUUCCAAAGCAACCCUUACUCGAUUGUCUAUUUUCCUUUUUCCAAUUCUUUGACACGUAUUUGAAGGACUAGUUGUGGGGUUGUUGUUUGUUUUUGAGGUGUAUAAAUAAGUGAGGGGAUUAGCAAGUCAGAGUCAUAACACAUUCACUUGUGAAAGAUUUGAUCUUCAAGUUAAGUUUCCCUUUGGAUUCUCCAAACCCUUUUGGCUAUCCUCCGAACCCUUCAUCCCUUUUGAGAUUGAUACCCAUCAAUUUUGGUGUCCUAAUUUAGAAUUGCCACGUUUUUAUGGGGCAAUCUCAUUCCUUACUUGUCUUGGCCUGGAAAGAGAUUAGGAAAUACAACUUCUUCGAUUUUGUCUACAACUUCAGUUUGAUCAGUCCCAAAAAUGGAGCUGCAAUACUGAGAUCACACAGCUUCAAGAAAAGUUCUGAAAUCGAAACCAGGACCGUCUCCGAUGAGUCUAAUAACAAGUUUGGUGGCGUUAACAAUUCGAGUCGGCUGAAGGAUUGCAAGCCUGAAAAUGUAAAAUUGAAAAGGAACCUUUCGUUUAAGGAAAUGUUGCGGACAGAAGUUUGCAGAGGCAAAAAUGAGUUGAAGCAUAAACCAAUGCCGGCUCUUGCUCUGUCUCAACCUGAUUUUAUGUUUUCGCCUAGACCCGUUCAGGAGCUUGAUGAUGCAGCAGUCAAAGUUCAGAAGGUUUACAAGAGCUAUCGAACUCGAAGAAACCUUGCAGAUUGUGCAGUGGUGGCUGAGGAGCUAUGGUGGAGAGACACAUUAGAUUCUCCAGCUGGCGCUAAAGAGCUAUGGUGGAAAACUUUAGAUUCUGUAGGUCUCAAGCAGAGUUCUGUGUCAUUUUUCGAUGUUGAGAAGCCAGAAACCGCCGUUUCUCGGUGGGCAAGGGCUAGGACUAGAGCUGCCAAGGUUGGGAAAGGUUUGUCUAAGGAUGAGAAAGCACAAAAGUUAGCUCUUCAACAUUGGCUUGAAGCUAUUGAUCCUCGCCAUCGGUAUGGACACAAUUUACACAUGUACUAUGAUUUGUGGUUUGAAAGUGAGAGCAGCCAGCCUUUCUUCUACUGGCUGGAUGUUGGAGAUGGCAAAGAAAUAAAUCUCGAGAAAUGCCCGAGGACAGUUCUACAGAGCCAAUGCAUCAAGUACCUUGGACCGAAAGAAAGGAAAGCCUAUGAAGUAGUAGUCAAAGAUGGGAAGCUAAUAUUUAAGCAAAGUGGGAACCUUGUCAAUAGCACUGAAGGUUCGAAAUCAAUAUUUGUGCUAAGCACAACAAGGGCUUUGUAUGUUGGUCAGAAGAAGAAGGGUCAGUUUCAGCAUUCCAGUUUUCUAUCCGGAGGUGCUACCACGGCAGCUGGAAGAUUGGUUGCCCAUGAUGGGGUUCUUGAGGCUAUUUGGCCUUACAGUGGUCACUACCACCCAACAGAAGAGAACUUCAUGGAAUUCAUCAGCUUCCUCCAAGACAACAAUGUUGAUCUCACUGAUGUCAAGAGGUGUGCAAUUGAUGAUGACUAUCCUUCAAUGAAGAAAACUGAAGGGGAACUAACAAAGCAGAAAUCAUUCAAGUCAACGAAAUCGGAUGGUGCAAACGCAACCAAUGUCGAUGACCUGACUGAGAGGGCACCAAUCCCCGCCGUCCGUUCUGAAGAGAACAAGAAGGUUGAUGGUGGCAGUGCAAAACCACCAAUGUUCACUAUGGGCAAGCGAUUGCCUUGCAAUUGGUCUACUGGAAAUGGAGCCAGAAUCGGGUGCGUGCGAGACUAUCCUAGUGACCUACAAACCAGAGCACUGGAACAAGUCAACUUAUCUCCUCGUGUUGGUCAUGCGACGUUGGUAAACCCUGGCCCAAUUCCUUCUCCGAGGCCCAGCCCAAAGAUCCGCCUCUCACCGAGGCUUGCAUAUAUGGGCCUGCCAAGUCCAAGGACCCCAAUUGCUGCGGCUAACUGAGUUUGAUGCACGCUGGUAAAAGUAAACUAGAAAUUUCUAGGGGGCGCUCCUUGUGCCCAAAUAAGGAGGAGGGGUCAAAGGAACUAAUCCAAUUUUUUUCUUCCUUUGACUCUCACAAAAUUUUAUUGAUUAGGUUAUAAUUUGA